ACAAAAAAAAACAUCUAUUCAAUUCGAUGCCAUCAACAUUGAUAUGUCUCGUUAUGUUCAUGUAUUUAGUAGGAAGUUUGAGUUGUUCCAGCCCAGUCCUUCCCUUCUUCUUUGACAAAAAGAACAACGAUGCAGCAACAUUUACUGCGACACCACCAACCCAAACGCUGUGAUUCGCCGCAUCCUUUUCAUCCUCAAGCCAAUGUAGCCGCCGCAACCACAACAUUCAAGCAGGAGCGGUCCUCGGGUGACCAAGUUGAGAGCAGUGACACUGUUCACUGGUACUCGAGCAGCACUCUGGUCAAUCGCGUGCAACGUGCAGGAGUCUUUACAAACUCGAGUACCUUUGUCAACUGCAGCUUGAAAGACACUCCUGCCGCAGUCAUGCGUGCCUCGGCGGGACUUGGAGACUGCCCUACCCGCGAGCAGCUGGCAGAAUUUGUGGCGCAGCAUUUUGAACGCCCGGGCGUGGAAGUUCGUCAAUGCCUGCCCUCGGACACGCCGGCCUUUGUCCGAAUCCCGACGGCCAACAAUGGGUCGCCUAGCAUGUGGGCGGAAGGCGCAGGCCCUGGAGGCUCGCCUACAUCUGGUGGUCGCCGAAGCUCGUUCAGCGCCCUGACAUUUGGCACGAUGAAACGGUCGGGUCGUCGCUCGAGCGUUCCUGUGAACAAUUAUCGUUCUACAGCUGCCCGGAGCUCGUCGCAUGACCAAUCAAGCAGUGCUCAUGAAGCUGCUCGCCCAGAAGCCGCUCCCACUGAAGCGGCUCACACAGAAGCCGCCCGCCCGGACCACGCUUUGCAUCCGGGAGGUCUGCUACCCGGCCCGGCAGUGACGCGCGCUCCAACCACUUACGGCCGAGCGCUCUCCCAUCACGAUAGUGGCGCAGAGUCGGCCCCGCUCACCCAUCCGCCAUCCGGCUCGUCCAACGCGCCAUCAGCCCCUAGCCCGCCUCCUCCUUCGCCCACGACGAAACACUCCAGCCCGCCUUCCAACCCAUCCACAUUGCACUCGCAGCGCGGACUCGCACCGUUGGCUCCAAUCUCUACCAUGAUGGCGCAAGCUCGUUCGUCCUCCAAAAGCCACCCGAUCGCGCGGCCGGUGGCUUCUCCAGCUCAUGUCUCGUCGUCCUCACCUGCCCCGUCGUCCAACGCGAUUCCUUACCACGUGCUCUCAUCCUCGUGCUCUUGGCUUCGCCACUUGGUCGACACGCUAUGCCGCCAUGCCGUCGAAGGCAUCCAUCCCGAAGAGAGCGACUACGGCAGGAGCUCGCUGAUUCCGGCACCCAACUGCUGGGUUACUCCCUUGCCGCUGGCAGCUGAUCCUGCGACCAAUCUGACGUACUGGGACACGCACCUGAUGGUGACAGGCCUGAUUGCAGCUGGAAUGCACACGACAGCGCGUGGGAUGGUGGAAAACCUCGCCGGCUCGGUCGAGCAGUUUGGCCAUGUUCCGUUCCUCAACCGCAUGUAUGCCCUGCAUCGCAGUCAUCCGCCGUUGCUCGCGGACAUGGUCAUGCGAGUGGCAUCCUCCUGGCCGGGAAUCUCGCCCGCGCUGUUUGCAAGCUUGACGCAUUGCCCAAGCAUUGGACGCAGCACUUGCGCGUCGGCCAUGUCGCGCCAGCCCUCGUCCCCUGCGCCGAUUCCUGGCUCGCCCUCGGUCAAGACGCACCAACCCACCACAAGCUCUCCCACACCUGCGGCACUCGCCGACUCGGACUGCUGCAACUGGCUCGGUCACAUUUACGCAGUGCUGCUCAAGGAGCACCACUUUUGGACGGUGAACCGAGCCUUCAAUGGCACCGUCAAUCGGCAAGUACCCGCGCCAGCAGUCCCACAAACGUCCAUGGUUCACCGGGAUGCACCAGCUCCGCCGUUUCUCAGCACGUACGGAGCUGAGCUAGACACGCCGCGGCCCGAGUGGCACACGGAAGACGUCGACUUGGCUGAGCGUCUCGAGCCGCACCCUGCCAAGCGUGUUCGCUUGUAUCGACAGCUGGGUGCCAUGUCUGAGAGCGGAUGGACGCUGCCAAGCACCGAACCAUCAGGCGAACGGAACGCCGCGAGCAUGCAGUGGAAUCCAUUCGCGACUCGAGCCAGCCACUAUCGCUGGCUGCCAGAGGACAACCCUGACGACCUCUCGCGGAUCAAUGUGACUGACAUGAUUCCAGUUGAUUUGAAUGCCUUGCUCUAUGGCAUGGAGGUCGACAUGGCCUUGAUUUGCCGCACGCUGCGCGGAAGUCGGGCUGGUCAGACGGACGCCAUGUUCUACGAGCAACAGCUCAACCGCAUGUCGCGCGCAGCAAACGAGCGCCGGUCGUCGCUCCAUCAGGUGUUGUUCAAUCACGAAACCAACAACUCCUGGCACGAUUGGAGUACCCAAGAGUUUCGGCUGGCACAUACAGACAAGCUGCUUGCAUCCUCGCUCACACCCCUCUGGUGUGGUGCAUACGACCAGCGACCAGACAUUGUAGCCCAAGCGGUGGACAGAUUGGCCCACCUCAUUGAUGCGGGUGGACCAGGCAUGAUUGAGACCGCGGGAGGCUUGCCAGAGGCGUUGGAUGCCAAAACCGGACAGGUUCUUGACACCAAUCCCUCAGACUCGCUCUUGCGCCCGCAUGUGCAGUUGCUGAUCAUUGAGGGCUUGAAUCGCGCGGCAGCCCACAGUCCACGCGCUGCUCAGCUGUCCGAGCGCAUUACCAAAGGCUGGAUGAACCGGUUUUGGAGGCUCUGGCGUCGCCUCGAGAUGGAACGCGAAGCCGUGGAGCAGGAGUGUGACACCUCCACCAGCUACCAUUCCGAUCAGCGAGACUCGGGUCAGAUCGAUCCACUCCCCGACCAUGUUGGCAAAAUGUCAAAGUCGUUGCUCGCUGCUGCCCGCUCCGUCAACGCCUCGCAUGCCAGCCUGGCCCUCCAUCUCAUCUGCAACUUUGAUUCGCAGAUGAGUCUUGUUCCGUUUUUCGAAGAGUAGGCUGAGGGCGGUUGAAU